AACUCAACAUUAUACAUUUACGAAAAAUAUCAACAUUGCCCAAUUUCUGAGAAUUACUCUAAAGUAUAAUUCCCAAACAUGUUUUGACAGCUAAGGUCGGGUAUUCCAAACAAGUUUAUAGCAAUGGUUACAAAGGUGUUUUCACAAUAUCAGUGAUGGUUUAGCAAAUACGUUGCAUCGACACAAUCAAAAAACAUCGCCGGGAAUCCGACUUAUCAUCUCGUUGGCCUUUGUAAAUAUCCCAUAUCAGAACUUUAAAAUUCAUUUUCAGGUCAGGCAGACAGAAGGGAAAAGUGUGCAGAAAUCUUGCUAGGUAGUUGGUGUGAUGAUGGCUGGCAAGACAACUCCUAAAGUGGUCGUUGUAGGAUCCUGCAUGACAGAUCUUAUCAGCUACACACCACGCCUGCCUCAGCCUGGAGAAACCUUGCAUGGGCACAAAUUCUCGGUGGGAUUUGGAGGGAAAGGUGCCAACCAGUGUGUGGCGGCAACAAGACUUGGGGCAAAUGCAGCUAUGGUUGCCAUGGUUGGGGAUGAUUCAUUUGGCCAGAACUACCUGGAAAACUUUAAGAACAAUAAUGUGGACACAUCCUUUGUUAGGGUGACCAAGGAGGCAGCAACUGGUGUAGCCCCCAUUGUUGUGGAUGACACAGGGGAGAACUGCAUCAUAAUUGUUGCUGGAGCAAAUCUCAAGUUGACUUCCUCUAACGUGGAGCAAGCUGAGGAUGUCAUCAAGGAUGCCUCAGUCUUAGUGUGUCAAGGAGAGAUAACUCCAGCAGCAACUCUCACUGCACUCAGGCUGGCACGCAGUCACGAGGUAAAAACCUUGAUGAAUGCAGCACCAGCAGAUCCUUUUCUGGAUGCAGCCAUCAUAGAACAUUCAGACAUUUUUUGUGUUAAUGAAAUUGAGGCAGAAGUAUUGACAAAGCUGAAGGUGAAGACACGGAAAGAUGCUGAGCAAGCUGCCGAGUCUCUGUUAAAGCGAGGGUGUAAGAGUGUGAUCAUUACCCUGGGAGGGGAUGGGGCUGUGUACUCCACUGCUGAGGGGCACACACACAUUGCAGCUGAGACAGUCACUCCUGUUGACACUACGGGGGCAGGUGAUGCCUUUGUGGGAGCCCUGGCAUACUACUUAGCCUAUCACUCCCACCUAGCCAUGGCUGAGAUGCUUCAGAGAUCCUGCCAAGUAGCCACAGCCUCAGUACUUGCUCCUGGGACACAAACCAGCUACCCUACCAGAGAGCAGCUACCAAGCCACUUGUUUAGCUGAGACAUUUAUGCUUCUGAUAGUGUUCACGUGAUUCCGUGUUGAGUGAUUGGCUCCUGCUGUUGCCCUAAGAAGGAAUGACUCAAGUGUGUGAUUGCGUGGAAAGAAACGUCAACAAACACAACUAAGAUCUGUCAGCUGCAUGGCGAAGUUAUAUAAGUUUGUUGGUGAAAAGUCGUGGAUUUAUGAAAUGUUAGUGAAUCGCCGCUUGCAAAUUUUGGAUGCUCCGCCAUCUUUCCCAACCACUACGAACUUUACAGGAGAAUGUCUAUCCUGGCUCCACUAUUGUAUGUGGAACACAAAAGUUAGCUCAGUCUGUCAACACUGGUUGAGUUGUUAAAUAGUAAGAGCCAAGGAAAAAAAAAAAAAGACGUUAUUUUUAAAGGGAUAGAAGGAAAAUUUCAUACAUGAGAGAGAGAUAGAGAGAGAACCACUUAGGGGUGGUUACUCGGACCUGACUCGCUAACCACUAGUUGAACAGACCCGAUACAUUGGCCUGCUUGAAAAUACUUGACUUGCCCAACCACCUGUGGGAAGGAGUGCUGCAGCUCCUCCAGCUGACUCGCACGCCUGCGUAUGCUCACAGUGAACAGUACCUGUACUCGUACAUACUUCACUACCUGUUCCUCUAGGAUUGUGUGGGGGCAAGUAAUUAUCAUUCCACCUUUGUUUCACAAUGAAAUGUUUAACAUACACAGUUCUUCUACUAAACAUUUCGAUAGUUUAAGACACGGGGAAGGUGGUGAGACAAAAUUAUGACUAUGACUAUGAAAAUUAUGAUUAUGAAGCAAUGCAUCUCUCUCUCUCUCUCUCUCUCUCUCUCUCU